AGGGCGAAAUGAUUCAGUGCCCAAACUCAUUUAUUCAGCGUCGAAGAACUGAACUACGUGCAAUAAAAACAUGGCGGCACCCGUGAACGCAGCGCAUGAGCUGCAAUCCAGAACCCGGACAGAAGAUGUUCUGAUGAACGGGGGUGUCGAGUUCAGCUCUCUACUCCUCUCAAAACAUGUGCUUGAGGGGUUAUCUGCCUCUGGCUUUCACAAACCGUCCCCCAUCCAGCUGAAGGCAAUCCCGCUGGGAAGAUGUGGACUCGAUCUUAUAGUUCAGGCCAAGUCUGGCACAGGAAAAACCUGUGUGUUCACCACCAUCGCUUUGGACUCUCUUAUAUUGGAAAACACAACCACGCAGGUGCUGGUUUUGGCCCCCACUCGGGAGAUUGCGGUGCAGAUUCAUGCUGUGGUCAUGGCUAUAGGUAGUGCUAUGGAGGGCUUGGAGUGUCAUGUGUUCAUCGGUGGCCGACCUGUCAGUCAAGACAAAUUUCACCUGAAGAAAUGCCACAUUGCCAUUGGUUCACCAGGUCGUAUUAAGCAGCUCAUUGAGAUGGGAGCCCUGACUACGUCCUCCAUUCGUUUGUUUGUUUUGGACGAGGCUGAUAAGUUGCUGGAGGACAACAGCAGUAGCUGCUUUCAGGAGCAGAUCAACUGGAUUUUCUCUUCUUUACCUGCAAACAAACAAAUGUUGGCCCUUUCUGCCACUUACCCAGAAUCUCUUGCACAACAUCUGUCAAGAUACAUGAGAGAGCCGACGUUUGUGCGACUGAACCAGACAGACCCCGGACUCCUUGGACUGAAGCAGUACUAUAAAAUCGUGCCAUCUCAUUCAUUACCUCAUAAAGUGUUUGAGGAGAAGGUUCAGAGUCUUCUUGAACUUUUUAGCAAAAUCCCGUUUAACCAAGCAUUGGUAUUCUCAAACCUCCAUACAAGAGCUCAGCACCUGGCUGAUAUCCUGUCCUCUAAAGGUUUGCCUGCGGUCUGCAUCUCAGGUGGUUUAAGUCAGGAUCAGAGGUUAGAGGCGAUGUGGAAGCUGAAACAGUAUCAGUGUCGAGUUUUAAUAUCCACCGAUCUGACCUCACGUGGUAUUGAUGCUGAGAAGGUGAACUUGGUGAUUAAUCUGGACGUUCCUCAGGACUGGGAGACCUACAUGCACCGGAUUGGUCGUGCUGGACGAUUUGGCACUCUGGGGGUUGCUGUGACCUACUGUUGCCAUGGAGAGGAGGAGAACAAGAUGAUGGCCAUCGCUCAGAAAUGUUCUCUGAAUCUCACUCAUUUACCAGAUCCAAUCCCUCCAGGGAUCAUGGAAGAGGCUUGUGACUGGGACGUGAUCAUUGAACCUCCUUCCAAACCCACUCAGAAAAUUCCUGACGUUUCCAAACCAGGGAAGAAGAAACAAGCUAAAUCUGAGAAGCCGAUAUCGAAACUCUCCAGAGAGCCUCACAUCUCAAAGGUCAUCCCAGAAAGGGCAACAAGUGAUAAAUCCAACAGUGGAGCUGAAAUCAAUGUAAAAAGUCACUCACCCAAACCUAGGAGGCAAAAACCAUUACAGUCUGCUACAAAUCUCCAGCAUGACUCGACUCCUUCUCAGAGGGAGCAGAAUCACACCCUUCCCAGAAUUCCUCCACUAUCAUCUUUUAAAUUGCAUGCACAAAAAGUUAUGACUUUCAAUGAGGCUGUGAUGGAUUAUGAGAACUUCAUAACAGAAGGUCCGGGAAGAUCUGUUGAAAUCAUUCGCCAAUAUGAUGGAUUCAACAGGAGUCAAGAUGCAGUUAAUGGACUGCAGUACAACUACGAUGAUGGUCAUGAUAAUGAUAAAGCUUAUAAAACAUAUGUUCCAGAAGAAUCACACUCCCAUCAAGAUCUUCCUCCACCACCGCAGGUUUCAGAGUUGUCCUCUGAGCAGAAGACUCUGUCUGUGUCAUCUGAUGAUUCUCCUUCAGAGUCUGAGAUGGUGGUGGAGGAGAGUGAGUCAAGCUCUUCUGUCCCCUAUCGGUCUUCACAUUGCACACCUGCUCAUCCAGACGAUCAAGUCUCUGAACUGAAUGAAUUCUCUUUACCUUCGGCUAAAGUAUUUCAACAGACCAGCAGAAACCAGCAAAUGCCUAGUAAACCUCAAUCCCAGAAUCCUGCUAACCACCACAGCCUUCCCCAGAAACAUCGGCCGGCCUCUAAAUCCGGGAGGAAGCCUGCAUCAGCAGGACAGAGGUGGAAGAAGAGGGAGAGUGAUGACCUGGAAGAGGAAGUGGCCAGGCAGGAUUACUGGAGUUCAUACAGAGCCUGGGUUGAAUAUUACAAUUCCUAUUAUCAUCAUUCACCCUAUAACUGGAUCACUGGAUUUUAUAUGAAUUCUGUCUACAUAAAAGAAAUGAUGAAGCACUAAAAAAAGUGAUUGGGAUUGCCAAGCCAAUGACUUUUGAGCCUUGUAAUGUUCUCAUUUGCAUUGUGUACAUUCAUGUAGUUCUCUAAUAAAAAUUAAUUCUUAAGA